AGAGCUGGAGCUGAGGGCUGCAUGAUUUCAACAGUCUUCUGCACGGGUCGAACGAGAAGCAUUAGACUCAUUUCAGAGACAGGUGACCUUCUGUGUGCUGGACUUGACAGUUUCCUGCUGGAUUGCCUGCUUGGUUUUUUGGAGUGUUGAGCCCACUCAAGAAAGUUUGUCCCACGGUUGAGUCUUUUUAACCAAUGGCUGCUGUGCGUCACAUGGUCAUGGAGCCAUCCGGCUUCCAUGUCCUUCCAGCCCACCUUAUGGCCUCAGCCAUGGAGGAGUUCCCCCAGCAGCUGCCCGUCCCCAAGUGCCCGUCCAGGGGCAAGAGCCGCGCCCGGCGACCCCGCGAGGCCCGCUUCAAGACCCAGCCGGUCACCUUCGCCGAGAUCGCCGAGGUGGAGGAGGAGGGCUCCUCGCCACUAGAGGAGGAGCGGGCUCGUCGCUCCUUUUUGCAGUCCUUGGAGAACCUGAGGAGGAGCACCCAGACCCUCCACUCCUCGCCGGCUGCCCACCACCACUGCACUCCGUCCCCCACACAGGCCAGCCUGGACUCCAGUGACUCCGACUCCACCCAGUGAGGGGGUCUGGUGACUUUCUUGAAGCAUACAUCGACUAACAUAUCAACAUGCAGUACAGCUCAGAUGUGCAUCAGUACUGCUGCGUAGACAUGAGGAGUGUCGUAGCAACAUGCUUUCCUAAAUGUAUUCCUACUCUAGAGGCCAACUUGAAAGUGGACGUUGUUGCCUUUUAAAGGCAUUUUUGUAUGGAACCAGAUCUUUAUUGCAUGGAAUACUGUUAGCCACUCCACUGAUGUUGUAAAUAGCACCAUGCAGUGGCCUGGCCGUCACUCAUGACAAAGCUUUGAGAAGAGUUCACGCUCUUGUUUUGUGAAUUUAAAUGUUUCCUUUCUAAAAAUUAUUUAUUCUUUCGCUUUGUAACUAAAUGGAAUGUAGAUUUUAUCAUGCUCCUGACUUGCAAAGUCGUCUCGGCUUUCAGUGUUUUUAUAUUAAUUGCAAUGUUUGUCAUAUGUAUUUGAAUAA